AUGUCAAAUAAAUCUCAUACAUCAGAAAAGGUUCAAUUGAAUGAAUUUCUUCAAAAGAAAAAGCAACCCAUACCAAUUUAUCAUACUGAAAGCAAAGGAUCCGAACAUAAUAAAGAUUUUAAGUCUAUAGUAGUAGUAAAUGGAAAACAAAUUGAAUCAGAUUGGAAAAAGAGUAAAAAAGAAUCUGAAAAAGAUUGUGCAAAGAAUAUAUUAGAGUUUAUAGAAACACUAGAUGGAUAUCCUAUAUACUUCACACCAUUCAGUAAAGACCCCCCACAAAAUAAUAAGAAAAUUUAUGAUGAAAAAUUACAGGCAGUAUACAAUAGUGUCUCUUCAGGAAUUGAAGGCUUAAACAAUAAUAGUUUUUUCACUAAAAUUGAAAAUAACAAUAAUAAUAGUAGUAGUAAUAAUAAUAAUAACUUGGAUCAUAACCAUUCAAAUGACAGUAGUCAUACUUCCACAGAUAAUAAUGAUAACAAUAGUAAUAAUCAUAAUAAUAAUAAUAAUAAUCAAAUAAACAUUGAUUUAACAAUGGAAAAUGUAAAUAUAUCACAAUCAAAAACAAUCACUAACGAAGGUACCUUAAACAACGACAACGACAACAAUAACAAUAGCAUACAACAACAACAACACCAACCACAACCACAACAACAACAACAACAACAACAACAACAACAACAACAACAACAACAACAACAACAACAACAACAACAACAACAACAACAACAACAACAAUGUUUUGAUAAAGAUAAAACAAAUUUAAAAAAAAAAAAAAAAAUUCCUUUCUCAUAUAAUACAGACUUAAUAGAACAUAUUGAUCUCUUUAAAAGACAAGAUUUUCCACAAACUUAUCCAUCUCGAACAACGUAUACAGAUACUGGACAUACACAACAAUUACAAAAACAAGUUUUCUUACUCACUGAAAAAAUAGGGCUGAUGGAAUUAUUUUAUAAAAAACAAAUUCGUGUCAUUUUAAAAUCCCAUCAUAAUUUAGAAACAGAAUUGUCAGCUCUUAAAUCUUUUGUUGAAGAUUGUUCUGUCACACCAAUUGAAGGCCUUGAAUUAUAUUCCAUACCGGUUCCUUUAAACCCCAAUGCAAAGCCUUCAGCAGGUACUACACCUGUAUUGUCAAAAUCAGAAACUCAAAAUGAGAUAAUACAACCAACUAAACCACCAACUAAACCACCAGCAAGUUGUCUCAUUAAAAAGAAAAUACCAAAUGUAAAUAUGAAAGCCACUAAUAAAACAACAACAACAACUUCAACAUCGACUUCAAAUAGUUCAACAACAAUAAAAACAACGGAUUCAUUUAAAAAUACCACUAAUAAUCAACAUCCAAACACAUUGAAACCUAUGGUAUCUAAAAUAAACCAACAAACAUCAGAUUUUAUUUUUCCACUACCCAAACCUAUUAUCAGAAGAAAUCCUAUUGGAAAUGGUAAUUUGGAAAAAAAAAUAGAAAAGAAAAACUCUAAACCCAAUACUAUUGUUUUAGGAGUUGAUACUCAGUCACAAUCAAAAACCAAAAUUACACCAUCACCAACAACACCACCACCAGAAACAACACCAACAACACCAACAACAACAGCAACACCAACAACACCAACAACACCAACAACACCAACAACAACAGCAACACCACCACCAACAACAACAGCAACACCACCACCAACAACAACAGCAACACCACCACCAACAGCAACAACACCACCACCAACAACAGCAACAACAACACCACCACCACCACCAAUAAUAGCAACAACAAAAACAACAGCAACAGCAACAGCAACAACAAUACCUAUAGAUUUAAAUGAAAUACAGAUACCAAUUAGAUCUCCUCAAGAUUUAACAGUAAAUCAAUCUAUGAUAUCAACAGCUAUGAUGAUAGCUUCAGCGGCUCAAAGAAAUCCAAAGCUAACAAUGAAAUUGAAAAGAAAGUUGGAAGAAUCUCCAACAUUGAUGAGCAAACUACAAAAGAUUCAAUUUGAAAAAGAAGAGGAGAUUUUAUGUAGUCAAGACUUACAUUCACCAAUAAUGAGUCCACAAUCACCCACCCACCAACCAAAAACUUUAGAACCUCUUUCACCUACAAAGAAGAGUACUCAGAAAUCACCUCCACCUACAAGCCCCUCUCCUAUUGUAACAAGAGCAAGAGCUUCUUCAAAUUUAUUACCAAUACAAAAUUUAAUUUCAAAAAAAUAA